GUCGGCCCAGCAGAGUGCCUUCGCCCUUGGUGUUCUUUCCGAUCUCUACGCAUUUCACCGCUCCACCGGAAAUUCCCUCUGCCCCUACCGUACUCCAGCUUAGUAGUCUCCACCGCCUGGCCAGGGUUAAGCCCUGGGAUUUGACAGCAGACUUAAGAAGCCACCUACAGACGCUUUACGCCCAAUCAUUCCGGAUAACGCUUGCAUCCUCUGUCUUACCGCGGCUGCUGGCACAGAGUUAGCCGAUGCUUAUUCCCCAGAUACC